AUGACCCAGCGUGUGGGUUGGGCCGCAGGUGUCACAUGGCCUGUGCUUUCGACCGUGGUGCGUACUUAUGCUCCCUAUGUCACAUUUCCUGUGGCCUUCAUGGUCGGGGCUGUGGACUACCACCUGGAACGGUUCAUGUGGGAAAAGAAUCCCCAGCCUGUAGAGGAGGAAAAAAGCAUCUUCGAGCGCUGCCAGGAGGAUCGCAAGCUGGAUGAGCUGCUAGGCAAGGACCAUGCCCGGGUGGUGAGCCUUAAGGACAAACUGGAAUUUGUCCCCACCGCUAUCCUGAGCAGAAACCACCCAGAGAAGAAUUAA